GUCAACCCAGAGACCGGUUUCGAGCAGACGCAUGCGUGCUGAUUCCUUGCUCGUCGGCAUGGGUACCUCGUUCCUUCUCUUGUCUCUGCUGUGGUUCCUGUCCAGUCCCAGGCUUCAGCUAGGAAGUGCUCAGGCUCCUGCCAUGGUGCAGCUGCCAGGUGGGCGAUUUUUGAUGGGGACCAAUGCUCCAGAUGGCAGAGAUGGCGAAGGGCCUGCCCGGGAAGUGACAGUCAAAUCCUUUGCCAUUGACGUGUUUCCUGUCACCAAUAAAGAUUUCAGGGAAUUUGUCCGAGAGAAAAAGUUCCGGACCGAGGCAGAGACCUUCGGGUGGAGUUUCGUCUUUGAGGAUUUUGUGCCCCCUGAGCUUAGAAAUCAAGCAAAUCAGAUGCCGUCUGUUCUCUGGUGGCUGCCAGUGCAGAGGGCUUUUUGGAGGCAGCCUGCAGGUCCCGGCUCUGGCAUCCGAGAGAAACUGGAGCUUCCGGUGGUACAUGUGAGCUGGAACGAUGCUGUCGCUUAUUGUACAUGGCGGGGAAAGCGGUUGCCCACAGAGGAGGAGUGGGAGUUUGCGGCCCGAGGGGGCUUGAAGGGCCAGGUUUAUCCAUGGGGGAACAAGUUCCAGCCAAACCGCACCAAUUUGUGGCAGGGAAAGUUCCCCAAGGGUGACAGAGCUGAAGACGGUUUUCAUGGACUGUCACCAGUGAACGCUUUCCCCCCUCAGAACAACUACGGACUAUACGACCUCAUGGGCAAUGUGUGGGAAUGGACGGCGUCCACAUACCAAUCUGCUGGCCAGGAUAUGCGUGUCCUCCGGGGGGCGUCAUGGAUCGACACUGCUGACGGCUCAGCCAAUCACCAGGCUCGGGUCACCACCAGCACACGAGCUGGAGUUGCCUUCAGACCAGCUGCAUUAGUUACUAUCUGGCUGCUGUGCAGAGACACCUUGGCCAAGGCAACCCUUGUGAAUGAAAGCAUUUCGUUGAAGGCUUGGUGACAGUUUUAGAGUCUUAGUCCAUGGUCAUCAGUGGCCAGAAGCAGACAGGCAUAGCACUGGAGCAGCAACUGAGAUCAUGACAUCCUGAUCCGCAGGCAGAGAGAGGAGAGACACUGGGCCUGUUGUGGACUUGUGAAACCUCAAAGCCACCCGCUAGUGACACACUUCCUCCAAGGAGGCUACACCUACUCCAAUCCUUCUUAGUUCCGCUACCUGGGGACUAGGCGUUCAAAUAGAUGAGCCUAUGGGGGCCACCACACCGGCUCUCUUCCCAGCAGACCCCAUUCCCCCAACAGUAUGCACACUCUCUCCCUGUUCU